AUUUUGAAAAGAAAAAUGCUUUUGAAGUUUGAAGCUUCUUCAGAGUUGAGACUAGUUGACCCUUCAGUUUCUCUCACUGUUCUUCGAAAGAUAAGACUGUCACAUCUCCCGGAUAUGACAAUGACCAGCGAAUCUUCCGGCAAGAAAUGCGGAGAGGGUGACGGCAAAGUCGCCGGUAAAAGCCAGCGAAAGGUGGGUCUUGUUUAUGACGAGACCAUGUGCAAACACGACACACCUAACGGUAAGGUUGACGUAGAGUGUCCCGAUCGUAUCAGAGUUAUCUGGGAGAAGCUUCAGCUCGCCGGAGUCACUCAAAGAUGUGUGGUUCUUGGUGGUAGUAAAGCUGAAGAUAAGCAUCUCAAAUUGGUUCACACAAAGAAACAUGUUAAUUUAGUGAAGAGUAUUAGCACAAAAAAGAAAGAUUCUCGGAGAAACAAGAUUGCUUCACAGUUGGAUUCGAUUUAUCUGAAUGGAGGUUCAUCUGAAGCUGCAUAUCUUGCAGCUGGAUCUGUUGUAAAGGUGGCAGAGAAAGUUGCAGAAGGAGAGUUAGAUUGUGGCUUUGCUAUUGUCAGGCCCCCAGGACACCAUGCCGAGUCAGAUGAAGCCAUGGGUUUUUGUUUAUUCAACAAUGUUGCCGUUGCUGCUAGUUUUUUACUAAACGAAAGACCUGAUCUAGAUGUCAAGAAAAUUCUGAUUGUCGAUUGGGAUAUCCAUCACGGAAAUGGUACACAGAAGAUGUUCUGGAAAGAUUCUCGCGUACUAAUAUUCUCUGUUCAUAGGCAUGAUCACGGAAGUUUCUAUCCAUUUGGCGAUGAUGGAGACUUUAACAUGGUUGGCGAAGGUCCAGGUGAAGGGUUUAACAUUAACGUUCCAUGGGAGCAAGGAGGAUGUGGAGAUGCAGACUAUCUUGCCGUAUGGAACCACAUCUUGAUCCCUGUGACCAAGGAAUUCAAACCAGAUAUUAUUUUGCUUUCAGCUGGAUUUGAUGCAGCUAUUGGUGAUCCGCUUGGGGGUUGUUGUGUUACCCCAUAUGGAUAUUCAGUUAUGUUGAAGAAGCUGAUGGAGUUUGCACAUGGAAAGAUAGUGCUGGCAUUAGAGGGAGGAUACAAUCUUGAGUCAUUGGGAAAGUCUUCACUCGCAUGUGUCCAAGUUUUGCUUGAAGACAAACAAAUUCAUGGUUCAUCUGAAACAUACCCAUUAGAAUCUACACGGCGUGUCAUACAAGCGGUACGCGAGAGACUAUGCACAUAUUGGCCUUCACUUGACGCGUCAAUGGCGUCUAAUGAGAAUUUAAAGAACCCAAGUGCAGAAAGAAACUCCGCUGACGCCCUCCUUCGUGAAGUGGAAGAGUUAAAGUCUCUAAUGGCUGCCCGAGAUGGAGAACUGGAGGCAAGGAGAAAAGAGUUAAAGGCCAAAAAUAAGGAGCUAGAAGCGAACGAGAAGGAGCUAGAAGCGGGACUAAUGUUGAUUCGCGCUCGGGAGGAUGUAAUCUGUGGUCUUCAUGCAAAAAUAGAGAGUUUGCAGCAGGAGCGAGAUGAGGCGGUAGCGAAAGCUGAACGCAUAGAUAAGGAACUCCAAGAGGAUAGGGCAAGAAGCCAGGAGUUCAAAGAAGACACAGAGUUUUGCUUGAGUACGUUAAGGAGGGAGAAGGAGCUUGCCAUCAUGGCCAAAAAUAAGGACCUAGAAGCGAAAGAGAAGGAGCUAGAAGCGCGGCUAAUGUUGGUUCACGCUCGGGAGGAUAAAAUUCAUGCCAAAAUAGAGAGGUUGCAGCAGGAGCGAGAUGAGGCCGUAGCAAAAGCUGAACGCAUAGAUAAGGAACUCCAAGAGGAUAGGUCAAGAAGCCGAGUUGGGAAUGGAUCUUUUGCCUUUUCUCAGGAGUUCUAUGAAGACAUGGACUUAGACGAGCUCGAACCUCUGUCUCCGGAGUUCAAUGAAGACAUGGACUCGGAAGAGCUUGAACCGUUUCAGGUCAUCAAGAAAAACAUGGAGCGUUCCCACAAGAAGUUCAUAAAAGAUAUGGAGUGUAUCAAGUUUAUCGCCAGUGAGAGAGCCAGGGUACUUUAGGUUGGGAGCUUGAGGCCGUAGCAGAAGACUACCACAAGUUUCGCGAGAUGGUUGAUAAGCUCGGGAAGAGCAACAUAUACCCUUCUUAGAAAGUACAAUGGUGUUUCAUUGUAACCACAGAACCUUUUUGUGAUUGUAAACCAACUGUGUCGUGUCAGACUUUGAUUGGUUGCGAUACUUGGUUUCCCAAUUUCCCUCCAAA